AUGGAUUACCCACCGUUGACUGGGUCAGAGAUUUGGAAGCGAAAAAUCCGCACUGCAUUCAAGGGUUUAGAUGCCAACGACGACGGAUACAUAACGGAAGAAGACUUUAUAAUAGCUGCUCAACGUGCAGCACAGUACUUGGGUCUUACUGACGAGGAAACCGAGCCCAUGCUUAACAUACGCCGUGAGGUCUGGAAAGGUAUGUCUAGUAACAGUCAAACAACCAAGAUUUCAGAGGAAGAACACAUAAAGAUUACAAUGUCAAUCUUUAACGAAAGUAAAUUCCGAUUAGAAACCUAUCCUCGAAUUGUAUUAACGGGAUUCGAUGUCAUGGAUAUCGAUGGAGAUGGACGCAUAUCAAAGCGGGAAUUUGCCGCCUUUUUCUACGGUAUGAACGUCCCAGCCGAAUAUUCGAAGGAUGUCUUUGAUGUUCUAGAUGAAAACAAAGAUGGCUUCAUUUCAUUUGAGGAGUAUGCACAAGGUCACGUGGAGUUUUGGUUCGGUGAGGAUCCAAAUAGCAAGUACAACGAAUUUCUGGGUCCACUUGUUCAAUAAUUUGCUUUUCCUACGACAAGAGGAACAGUCCAUAUAUUCUGUUGUUCAUUUUUUUUAAAUAUUGAAACCUGCUAUAAACUAACGGCUGUUUUACAAUCAGGGGUACAAAAUAGGGGUCACAUUGAGAGAAAAAUGAACUCUGAUGCAUUUGUUUAAUUUUGUAACAGAUAAAAAGAAUAACAUCUUAACUAUGACAUCCACAAUUUUUAGAACACAAUAUUAAUUACUUUUUGUGCUACGCUCAAAUUAACUAACGGCUCUUAGACUAUGAUCUGGGGGUACGGACACUACACAUUCAAGUAACUGAUGCU